UAGUUUUCUCGUUAGUUGAGGACAGACUUGCGGUUAGUUUUGGGUCCAUUAUGGGAACUCUGUCCGUGGUGGUCUGCUUUUUAGCACUAUGCAUACUCCAAAACGUAUCCUGCGAUGAAGUCUUAGUGGAGGUAGCACAGGGCUUGCUAUCUGGUGAGGAGCUGGUAACAGUCACAGGGGAUUCUACUUAUUUUAGCUUUAAAGGCAUCCCUUAUGCGAAACCACCCAUCGGUGAACUCAGAUUCAAGGCACCUGAGGAACCAGAACCAUGGGAAGGAGUGAGAAAUGCCAGCGCACACGGGCCUGUGUGUCCUCAAAUAGAUUUAUUGAACAACAUCUACAUACCUGGUGACGAAGACUGCCUGUUCCUAAAUGUUUAUUCUCCUAACUUAAAACCAGAAAAGCCUUUACCAGUCAUGUUCUUCAUACACGGAGGUGGUUUCAAAUUUGGUUCCGGAAAUGUAGAUUUAUAUGGACCUGAUUUUCUAGUUCCCAAAGACGUUAUUCUAGUAACUAUGAACUACAGAUUAGAUACUUUAGGAUUUCUUAAUUUGGGCACUAAGGAAGUACCGGGAAACGCAGCGCUUAAAGAUCAAGUUUUAGCGCUUAAGUGGGUACAAAAGAAUAUACAUGUAUUUGGUGGUGAUAAUCAACAAGUAACUUUAUUUGGAGAAAGUGCAGGUGCGACUGCAGUUGGAUAUCAUUUAGUUUCACCAAUGUCAAAAGGCUUAUUCCAAAAAGCCCUAUUACAAAGUGGCGCGCCCAAUCUAGAUUGUUUUAUAGAAUAUAAAUCAGUAGAAAGAGCAGAAACUCUUGCUUAUCUGAUAAAUAACAACACAGCAGUUCAAAGCGAGGACCUUCUUAGUUUUUACCAAAGUUUACCGGUAGACUCAUUACUGAAUCGUACAAGUUAUCUUGUAGCUUCAGAAGAGAUAACACAUGUCAUAUUUAAGUUUACACCCUUCACACCAGUCGUUGAAAAAGAUUUCGGGCAAGAAAGAUUCAUUACUAAAGACCCUUAUGAAUAUCUUGACAGUGGUGAAGUGAACACGGUAGAUUUGAUGAUGGGCUACAAUGCAAAAGAAGCAUUGCUUAUGAUACCGUUUUACGUUGGUCAAAACUAUAGCUACAUAAAUCGUUAUAAAAGAUACCCCGAGAUGUUGGUUCCCAGUAAAAUAUUGGUCCAUUCCACAUCCGAUGUUGUAUUAGAACUAGGUGAACGCAUUAAAGAUUUUUACUUUGGUAAUAAAACUAUUGACGAAGAAAACAUGCCAGAAUUUAUAACAUUCAACACCUUUGCAAUUUUGGUAUAUGACGUCCAUAGAUUUAUAAGAAGGUGGCCAAGGGUGGGAAAAGUAUAUUUCUACAAGUUCAAUAUUGUUACAAGCAGAAGUGUUUACAGUAAGUUAGGAGAACCCUACGGGAUCAACGGAUCCUCCCACUUUGACGAUCUGUUCCAUGAAUUCCAGCCUACUAGCUUGAACAUGACAUUGACAAAAGACAGCAAAGAAUAUGAUUUGGUGCAGAUAUUCCCUACAAUUGUCACAAACUUUGCUAAAUAUGGCAAUCCUUCUCCCGACUCUUCCCUGGGUUUCGAGUGGCCUCAGUUCGACACCAAGAACUUGGCCUACGUGAACAUCGAACCUAGCCUCACCGUGGGUUCCGCUCCCGACGAUGAACAUAUCCGUUUCUGGAAAACGGUCUUUGACUACGCUGGCUUUGAUUUCUAGUUACAAGACUUUAAUGUUAAACUUUACUUGUACUUGAAGACUAAGAAUCAUAGCACCAUCUAAGAUCAAACAGUUACCCGAAUAGUUAUAUUUUUAAACACCAAAAAGUGUUCAACGAUAUAAAAUUAGGAUAGUUCAUAGAGAAUUUAAUUUGUCUAGAUGAUUUUGAUUUUUCACGUGAAAAUGACCUUACAGAUUAAAUAUAAUAACGGAAGCUUUUGCUAUGUUGAACGAUUGAAGUAUCCAUUGCAAUUAUUUUAAAGAAUGAAAUAAAUGUUUAAAAUAA